UUUUGGUAUCGUAUCAUGUUUGAUGAAAUGCGACAGCAAGCCGAGCCGAGCCUCUCAGCUGCUACAGGCACAACCUGCCCAAGCGCCUUUCCAAGCGACAAGCCAUUGAACGCUAUACCCAUGCAGACUUCGCACUAUAUGAACAUGAACAAUAUGAAGUAUGAAUCAGCUAAGUUACCAGGGCGCAUUGAAAAUGUUACUGCUGAUGAUUGGAUGCCUCACCCUAUGACAAAGCUAGAAGGAUCACAGAUGAGACCCGUAGCCGGCAGCGGUUAUGCUGCUCAGCCGUCGCAACCUCGGCUCACGCACAAUUACGGCGCGCAGAAUUCUCCUGCUGAUCGCCCUAAUCGGCAUCGUCGCACCGAGUCAGCUGCCAGCAUCGCGAGCGCGGCUAGCAUCGCCGAUAUCAACAUCGAUGAGACGCGAACCGAGACGGGAGUAACUGUCGAAGAGAUUGCACAGUACAUCCAGGGACCCGAGACGACAGACGGCAAAUGGACUUGUCUGUUCGACGACUGCGGGAAGCAGUUUGGUCGCAAAGAGAACAUCAAGUCCCACGUCCAGACACAUCUCAACGACCGCCAGUAUCAGUGCCCGGCUUGCAUGAAGUGCUUUGUUCGACAACACGACCUCAAGAGACACGCCAAGAUACACACUGGAAUCAAGCCGUACCCUUGCGACUGCGGCAACAAAUUUGCGCGACAUGAUGCUCUCACGAGGCACCGCCAGCGGGGUAUGUGCGUCGGCGCCUUUGAUGGCAUUGUGAGGAAGAGCGUAAAGCGCGGACGACCCAAGAAGAACCGUCCGGAAAUGGACGCGCGCCUUGAGAAAUCCGCCAAAACCAGGAAGAAGAACAUGUCCAUCAGCUCCAUCUCUUCGUUUUCGGGCUAUUCGGAUAUCUCCAACGUCAACUCUCCCGAUUAUGAACUCGAUGUAUUGAACGAGGUGCUGGAUAUGGGUAUUGAGGGCGAGGCUGAACCGUUGCGCUCGGUCUCAUCGGCGCCGAUGCCCAACCUGCCCAGUCCACCAGUCAACAACAGCAACAACAACAGCAGCAAGGCUGUCGCAUCUCCUUCAGAAGCCAGUGUGAACUCAUAUGUAUCCCCGGAAGCAAUCAUGGAGAGGGUCUCACAUCCUUCUUCUCCCGGAAAGAGCACACCAGGCCACUACAACACGCCACCCGGUCUCUCUCAGUCAUCGUCGUCGCCGCCGUCCUCUCAUUUCUUCGAGCUGGAUCCCGCCACAUCAACAACACCGGAUGAAGUCGUCAGCUUCCCUGCCGGCGGUAUGAUGAUGAGCUUGACAUCCAUGGGUCCACCUUUGCCCCUGAGCAUCAGCGAACAGGAAGACGAUCUACUUCGCCAAUUCACCAACGACGAUAGCUUCAUACCGCUAGAUCGUGACCAGAGCCUGAUGAUGAUGCCUAAAUUCGACGAGUUCAACGGCGUACCCGUCAGCAUGCUCAACGACAACGGCUACUACUUCUGAUGAGCUGCUUGAUGCGACCAAUAACUUAAUUGCGCCAUGAUAUAUUCCGAACUUGUCUUAUAUAUGUCGAGUCGAUUUACGAUGACGCCUUAAUCUGAACCGGGUCUAAUGAUCGGGAUAAUGUUUCUUCUUUUCCUUGCGUUAUAAGGUUUCUUUCUGACAUCCCCAUGGCCCUUAUCUGCUGUAUAAACCACAGCUCGCCAUGUUGGAAAUCUGAUGUCAGUUCAAUUGUACAAUACGGGGGAGGAAUGGGAUUGGGGAUUAAAAUGGGAUUGUGGUUUUUUCCUUUGUUCAGUUCCUUUGUCUGGAUAUGCAGUCAUGUUACAACGUGUUGAUGUUUGGAAACGAGGCUUCUCCACGGGAAUCCGCCACCGGGUCCCUCUUUGGCUAUUUGUUCGGAGUUUUGAGGAUAUUGCCUGGGCACACUAGAGUACGAAUGAGAGCCUGAAUAUGUGGAAGCGCC